CAGUUAUUUGCUUUUCUUUGCAGUCGCGAGGUGACAGCUGCUUGCGGUGUAUUUUAUUUGGUGUCGAUUUCGCGUUUUGUGCAACAUUCUGACUUUGUACCGGUGAAAAAAUCCUUCGCGCUCAGGAUGGGCCUUAAAUUUUCAACGUACAGCUAGCUCCAGGCUAGAAAAGACGCUUACAACUCCCGGUCACGGAGUAACAAUUGUUGUGUAAGAGUUUUAUCUGUAAAUGUUUCUACGCUCAGGUUAAAAUGGAUAAAUCGUUAUGUAGUAAAAGUGUGAUAAAAUAAUUUCAACGGCAAUGGCUGUCUGAAUAGAUCGUUUAGAGUCUCCGUUGAUUUGUGUUACGUAUUCUUUUUGCGGUUUGUUGUUGUUGUUGCCCCUCUCAGUUCAACAUUUUAAUUUUUUCAACAUCUCCACGAAAAAUGGUCAAAGAAAAACCGAAUUCCAUCCGUAUUUACGACGACGAAGGCUUUAGGCGGCGUGCCGCCUGCAUAUGUGUUCGUUCUGAUGAAGAGACUGAGGUUUUGCUAGUGACAUCUUCUCGUAAACCGGAAAGAUGGGUUGUACCCGGCGGGGGAGUAGAACCGGAGGAAGAACCAAGCGUUACAGCCACCAGGGAAGUCCUCGAGGAAGCUGGAGUCGUUGGAAAAUUGGGUCGAAGCCUUGGUGUUUUUGAGAAUCGCGAACAUAAACAUCGCACCGAAGUGUACGUGAUGACGGUAACGGAAGAGUUGGACGAAUGGGAAGAUUCGCGAGCGAUCGGCAGAAAAAGACAAUGGUUUACUAUAGACGAGGCCCUCGAACAGCUGGCCCUGCACAAGCCCGUGCAACGCCACUACCUUCAGCAGCUGAAACGCUCUAAAUUGACAUGAUCGCGAGAAGACGAUGACGACGACGUACGCUUACCUUUUACCUACCUACUCCCCUUUACUGUCGGAAAUACAUAUGCUUUUAAGGUUUCGUGGGUUACGUAAAGUAAAAAAAAUAAUUAAUAAAUAACGAGUUUUUCAUUUUGUAUGCGACAUUAAUGUGAGAAGAUAUUUUAAUUAAAUUUGUAGUACAUAUACAAUGAUUUCCGCAAUAACACGCUCUCCGUUACUACUCCGACGGCGUUUUAUUUAUUAUUACGGUCAUUACUCUUUUACGGUUACUCUUUCUCGCGUCCUUAACGACUUUAUUUUACCUUUAUUAUGCAACGAUGAAUCUAUAUACAAUAAAAGAGAACUUGUACCAUU